AUGCUUUCAAAAUUUGUUCUCUCAACAAGUUUCUUGUUGUUCAUCGUAUUCACAUAUGUGAAUGCUGAUCUUCGAAGCACUGUCUAUGCAUUGUUUGAAGCUCGAAGUGGUCAAAAAUCCAACUGCACUUUAUGGACUUCAUAUUUUGCAACAAAUGGUGUGGUUCGUUCACCUGUUGGAUCGACACCUAUAAUUGGUCGCGAUGCUAUUUUACAACAUUGUAAUGCAUGGAAUCAAAAUCUUGGUCCUCAAGGAAAUGGUUGGUAUCCUUUGGAGCUUUGGUCAGGCAACAAUGAAGUCGCUUUUGAAGCUACAAUAAGAGCAGUAAAUAAAGGUGGUUGUCAAGUUAAUUUACGGGGAGUUAUUGUGAUUAAAUUUGAUGGAAGUUUAAAUAUUAUUGAAUGGAAUCAUUAUUACGAUGCUGAUUUUGUUACACCACAACUUCAGGGAAAAUGUCAAUACCAAUAG